AUGGCACCCAGACGACGGGGACAUACUGGUAAACCAUGCCUUGCUUUGUUCAUGCUGAUUGCCAUGCUGUACUUCGCUGUUCCUGAACACAUUGAUAUCUGCAGAGACUGCUUAUGUUUUGGUACAUUACAACACGUUUCCUGCCAAGGGGUCUUCCGCUUAAGGGCUCAGCUAAAACACACUUUUGAAGAUGCAGACUUCCGUGGCCUCGAUCUCCAUGUACCACAUUUAAAAUUAUCACCUGAUCUUUUCCAGAAUCGGUCAGACAUCAUCUAUCUCAAUUUAAUGGAAAAUGGUUUCAAGUUUAUCGAUGAUCGGUUGUUUAUGAUCCUCCGCCAGAUGAAAUUUCUUACUCUAUCCCGCAACGCCCUCACAGCCGUUCCCGUGUUUCACAAUCUCACGUCACUACAAGAACUCUACCUGUUAUUCAACAAUAUUCGCAACAUUGGAAGCAACCUGAAGGCCCAUGCUCCAAAACUCAAAAUGCUUAUGUUGGAUCACAACAAGAUCACAUUUGUUCAAGGUGAUCAAUUUCCGGAGGAGCUAAAAGUCCUCGGCCUGAGCUUUAACAGGAUUACGUCCAUCGACAGGGGCUCGCUCUCGGGUCUCGUGCAGUUAAAGAAAGUAGAUCUUACAGGCAACUUGAUCUCGCAGAUAUCGAGUGGUUCUUUCUUGUUGCCUGGUUUAAAAACUGUGAUCCUAAAUGAGAACAGGAUCCGUGAAAUCUUCAAGGAUGCCUUCAAUCCAGAGCUUGACAUAAUACAUCUCAACAGCAACAGACUUUCUGAACUUGGUAACAUCAGUUGCAUCCCUUCAUUAAAGGGUUUGUUUGUCUCGCAUCAAAGUGAGGUCAUCAAACUGCAGGAAAUUCCACUUCUCAAAAAUCUCACAGAACUGACCAUUACUGUGGAAACGUCUCAUGAUGAUGCCGAUGGGAUAGCUAGAAUACUGACCAAGAUGCCUAGGCUGCAGAUUCUUUCACUUGGAAACCCUGAUUUUGGAUGA